AUGGUUGUGGUGAUUAACGAAAUGCCUAAAAGAAAGAAAGAGCAACAUCAUGAUGAUGAUGAUGACAAUGACUCAUUGUCACAUAAUAAUAAGAAACCUCGUCGUGUGGUUUGGUCUGAUGAUCUCCAUGCAAAGUUUGUUGAUGCUGUUAACCUUAUUGGCAUUUCAAAUUCAAAGGUUGUUCCGAGUAAAAUAGUUGCUUUAAUGAAUGUUGAUGGAAUUACUACCUCUCAUGUCGCUAGCCAUCUCCAGAAAUAUAGACACAAAAAGAAAAAGGCUGAACAUCAAGCUGAUAGAGAUAGGGUUCCUUCAACAAAGAUUCUUCAGCCUACUCAAUCUCAAAACAUCAUCAACACCUCCUUUAACAUCCCUCCACCAUCAUACAAGUUUCAUGCAAAUCAAAACUCAACUUUACUCCUCCCUAUCAAAAAGCCUGUCCAUCAAUCUCACACACAAAUGUACUCUCCAACCGGUUUCAACAUGAAUGGGGUUACGCCUUCAACACUAAUUCAAUCUCAAUAUAUCAACAACCAUCCACCACCAUCCACUUUUCCUACAUAUCAUUACGCCUCUAGUGUUCCAACUCCACUUGGAUUUCCAACGACCUUCGACUUCCAUGAUGUAGGGACAUUUGAUGGAUCAUCUGCUUCUUCAACACUCAUUCAACCUAUCAACACCUCGUCGUCAAUCAUCCAUCCACCACCGUACAAGUCUCCAAUAUAUCAUCAAAGCCCUACUUUUCCAACUGAUGUUAACCAAUCUACAACUCUACUUGGAUUUCCAACAACAUCCCACUUCCAUGAUGACAUUAGGGCUACUAACUGCCCUUUUGUUGGACCUUCUUCAAAAAGUACAAGCAUUUUGGAUUAUGAAGAUCUGAGAAGGGAACCUCAGCUACUUCCGUUUCCCCACAAUUCUUUGCCGGUAUUGGAGUCUCACAAAACAAGUCAAAAUAGUCCAAUGAACAAUUCACAGCAGGCACAUAAUGUAGAGCCAAUUAUUGUUGGAUCAUCUGUUUCUUUGGAAGACACAAACAAUAAUCUGUGGAAUGAUGAUACUUUUAUUGACUUUUCGGUUGAAGAAACAGAUCCUCAGACUUUAGAGGACAUUAGAAAGAUGGGGGAAGGCAUAGAAGAUGAUGAUCUCCUUAACUCUUGGAAGGCUUUCUAG